AAUGAACUCUUCGACCGGUUUGCCACAGCUGGUUUUAAUGUUAAUAUGGUUCAGUACCUUCGGAAUGAACUCCAUUUUCCUCUUGUUCAGGCCACAAAUACUCUUAGUAACUUUGCAGGCACAGCCAGCUUUACUCCCAUCGUUGGUGGUCUUAUAGCAGACUCUUUUGCUGGCCGAUUUUGGACUGUAGCCGUUGGCACUUUAAUCUAUCAGCUAGGCAUGAUGGGAGUCACCACGACAGCAAUCCUCCCGAACCUCCGCCCAAAGCCAUGCCCUCCUCAGUCCCCAUUAUGCCAGAAAGCUUCAGAUUGGCAGCUGGCCAUCUUCUACAGCUUCUUCCUCCUCACAGUGGUCGGGGCGGGCGGGAUCCGACCCUGCGUGGUCGCAUUUGGAGCGGACCAGUUCGAGCUAGACCGGUCGCAACAGCGGCCGCGUGGUUCGGGCCUAAAAUGGAGCUACUUCAACAUCUAUUUCUUCAGCAAGGGAGUGGCAAAAUUGCUGGCUAUCACAGUUGUGGUUUACAUACAGGAUAAUGUGGGAUGGGGGUUAGGUUUCGGGAUACCCACCAUCGCCAUGUUCUUUGCAGGCAUGGCUUUCUUUGCUGGGAGCCCGCUUUAUAUAAAGCUGAAGCCCGGCGGGAGCCCGCUGACGAGACUGGCCCAAGUGGUGGUAGCGGCGGUUCGGAAGCGGAAGCUUGUUUUGCCGGAGGAAAGCAGCGAUCUUUAUCAGAAUAAAGAGAUGGAUGCUGAUUUAUCAACGGCUGGAAGGCUCUUGCACACCGACCAAUUCAGGUGCUUGGACCGGGCUGCAAUCUUCACAGAUUCCGACAUCACUGCCGCUGGCUCACCACGACUGUGGCGACUAUCCACCGUCCACCGUAUCGAGGAGCUCAAAUCCAUACUCCGCAUACUCCCAAUUUGGUCCGUCGGCAUCUUGAUCAGCACCGCCUCCUCCCACAAUAGUUCCUUCACCAUCAUCCAAGCCAAAUCCAUGGACCGCCGUCUCGCCGGAAACUUCCAAAUCCCCGCUGCUACUCUCUCCAUCUUCUCCAUCCUCUCCAUGCUCCUCACUCUAUCCCUCUACGAUCGCCUCCUCACCCCCCUCGCCCGCCGUUUCACACGCCGUCCCCAAGGCAUCUCCAACCUCCAACGCAUCGGCAUCGGCCUCGCAAUCUCCAUCAUCACAAACAUCUGUGCCGCGCUCGUCGAAACAAGACGACGCGCCACCGCCACCAUGCAUGGCCUUACUGACAGCCCGAGUGCCACCGUGCCUAUCAGCGUUUUCUGGUUAGUGCCGCAGUAUGCAGUAAGCGGCGUUGCCGAAGCCUUCUAUUCGGUGGGGCAAAUGGAAUUCUUGUAUCACCAGUCGCCGGAGAGCACGAGGAGCACGGCAGCUGCGCUUUUUUGGUUGGCGUCGUCGUUGGGGAAAUAUGGGGGGUCUUUGCUGGUGAAUUUGGUUAGCCAUUUUAGUAAGAGGACAAAAGAGGGAGAUUGGUUGCAGAAUAAUAUUAAUAAGGGGAGAAUGAAUUACUAUUAUUGGCUGGUUGUUGGGCUGCAAGUUUUCAACUUCGUAUACUGUCUUGUUUGUGCGAAGUUUUACAAGCUUAAGCCGUUGGAGAUCGUCGGAGAUGAGAGUACUGGCAAGGUUGUGGACGGCGAUAACGGCGGCGGUGGCUGCGAAGUGGAGUUGGCUGCUGUAGCCAUGGAGAAAGGACAAAUUUUAAAAUAA